GUGGUCAUUCUCUCGGAGAAGUGUGGCCUCAUCGAGUGGGUACCCAACACCAAAGGCCUACGUCCCCUCAUCGACGACCUUUGGAAGGGGAGGAGGCAGACCCUGAACGAGGUGAAGGAAAUCAUGGAUCGGAGCAAGGACGCUUCGGGCUGUUAUUGGUCACUGGUGAUCAGCUGUUGGUGA